AUGUCGGUGUCGGGGAAAAAGGAGUUUGACGUGAAACAGAUCCUCAGGCUUCGCUGGCGCUGGUUCAGUCACUCCUCCCAGAGUUCGGCCGGCAGCGGAAGCUACAUCCAGCAGGAGGGCUUUGAUCACCGGGGCAACCCGGCCCAGAACAGGUUAAAGAGUCAUUCGCGGGACAGGAGUGGGCUUCGCAAGAGCAACAGCCCUGUGCACAGCAUUUUGGCGCCGACCCCGGGACCCACGCCAGUCUACGCCAGACCCGGCCAUCAAUCAUGGCACCAGCAGAACCUCAUCCCACACCUGCAGUCCAGUGAGGAGCUGCCUAAAUCCGGCUCUCCCGAUAGCGCCAGAAAGGAGGACGCCAAGAGAAGCCAGGAGGAUGUGAAGAGCCACCCGGAGGACCCUUUAGAAGUGGAAGCGAGGGAAAGGUUGUCUCUAAGUACCUAUUCUAGGAUGAACUCCCAUUGCUCGGACGAGUUUUUCCAGGCUAUUAACCAUGCAGAGCAGACCUUCCGCAAGAUGGAAAACUAUCUCCAGCACAAGCAGCUGUGCGACGUGCUACUGAUUGCUGGGGACCACAAGAUACCUGCCCACAGGCUUGUGCUAAGUGCGGUCUCAGACUACUUUGCUGCAAUGUUCACCAAUGACGUGCGGGAGGCCAAGCAAGAGGAGAUCAAGAUGGAAGGUGUGGAUCCUGAGGCGCUAAGAUCGCUGGUUCAUUAUGCGUACACUGGUGUACUGGAACUAAAGGAGGAGACGAUCGAGAGUCUGCUGGCAGCUGCCUGCCUUCUCCAGCUCUCCCAGGUCAUUGAGGUGUGCUGCAACUUCCUCAUGAAGCAACUCCACCCGUCCAACUGCCUGGGAAUCCGUUCCUUUGCUGACGCCCAAGGGUGCAUGGACCUGCUGAACGUGGCCCACAGCUACACUAUGGAGCACUUCCUUGAAGUCAUCCAGAACCAGGAGUUCCUGCUUCUUCCCACUGCUGAGAUUGUGAAGCUGCUGGCCAGUGACGACAUCAAUGUGCCAGAUGAGGAGACCAUUUUUCAGGCGUUGAUGAUGUGGGUGCGGCACGAUGUCCAGCACCGGCAGCAAGAUCUGGGAAUCCUGCUGGCCUACAUUCGUCUGCCCCUCCUGCCUCCACAGCUUCUUGCUGAUCUUGAAAACAAUAAGAUGUUUUCCGAUGACCUGGAGUGUCAGAAGCUUCUUAUGGAAGCCAUGAAGUACCACCUGUUGCCAGAGCGCCGUCCCAUGCUCCAAAGCCCCAGGACCAAACCCCGGAAGUCCACCGUGGGUGCGCUCUACGCCGUGGGUGGUAUGGAUGCCACCAAAGGUUCAACUACGAUUGAAAAGUAUGACCUGCGCACAAACAGGUGGAUACAGGUUGGCAUCAUGAAUGGGCGGCGGCUACAGUUUGGAGUGGCGGUGAUUGACAACAAGCUUUACGUGGUGGGAGGCAGGGACGGGCUAAAGACAUCGAACAUGGUGGAGUGCUACAACCCAAUAACCAAAGUGUGGUCAACAAUGCCCCCCAUGUCAACCCACAGACAUGGACUAGGGAUCGCUGUGCUGGAAGGACCCAUGUAUGCUGUCGGGGGCCAUGAUGGAUGGAGCUAUCUGAACACGGUGGAGAGGUGGGACCCCCAGGCACGACAGUGGAACUACGUGGCCAGCAUGUCCACUCCUCGGAGCACGGUGGGCGUCACAUCGCUUAACGGAAAAUUGUUUGCAGUUGGAGGUCGAGAUGGAAGCUCAUGCCUGCGGUCGAUGGAAUGCUUCGAUCCUCACACAAACAAGUGGAGCAUGUGUGCCCCCAUGACCAAAAGGCGAGGUGGAGUGGGUGUUGCCACAUACAACAGCUUCCUCUAUGCGGUGGGCGGUCACGAUGCCCCAGCCUCCAACCACUGCUCGCGGCUCUCUGACUGUGUAGAGAGGUAUGACCCAAAAACAGACACGUGGACCACUGUGUCCUCUCUCAGUGUCCCCCGAGACGCAGUGGGAGUCUGCCUUCUGGGUGACAGGCUGUAUGCUGUCGGUGGAUAUGAUGGCCAAUCGUACCUGAACAGCGUGGAGUCUUAUGAUGCACAGAACAAUGAGUGGACUGAGGAGGUGCCUCUGAACAUUGGCAGAGCUGGUGCCUGCGUUGUGGUUGUGAAGUUGCCUUGAAGACUCCAUUCUGAUGAAUCAGAUACGUAUUUUGUGCUGAUUCUGUGACCGCUGGAACAAUAUACAAAUGCUACACCACUUUCAAGAUCUACAUCUGAAUCACAUUCCACACCAGGCACUGUUUCAGUGCACUGGGGCCCAGGCCAACUCAAAAGACCCUGGAUUUUUCAGUUGGAUAAUUAACUUACAGUGGCAGACAUCUGGAUUAGACCUGCAGUUUUUCUGAUUUUGAUUAUGAUGACGAUGAUGUUGUGGAUGAUGAUGAUUAUUUUUAUUAUUACUGUUAUGGGAAAAUAUUUCCCAUUUUUGCAAUAUAAAAGGUCUCAAUUCCAUGAAACCUCAGCCUGCUUUGUCCUCAGCUUUGAUUAACAAAUUUAAACAAAAAUGAUAGAAAUUCAUCAUACUUUCACAUUGUUGAAAAAUGUGUUCACAAUUUUUAAACUUCGUAAAUUUUGGACUCAAAUAGCACAUUGCCUUUGAUUGAAUAGAGAUAAAAAACAAUGAAUUAUUUUAAAAUAAAAUGAAUACAUAUGGCAGUGGCUAAAAUGGCAGGAAGCACAUUUCAACCACAUACAAAUAAGUGUUACUGUACAAAUUAUAUACAAAUUGGAAAGGUUAGAAUCAACUGAAUGAAAACUGAAUUUACAAAAACCAAUGGACUGAACAGAUUAAAACUAAUUCAGCAAUAGUUGAAUUAAAACUGAUUGAACACUAUGAAUUCAAAUGAUUUAUUCCACAUCACCGUAGACUAUUUAAAGUAUCACCUGCUCAUAGCCACUUGAAAACAGAAUAUAAUUACACUGGUAAAAACAACCCUUUUCUUCUCCUGGGCUUUCUGUGACAAUUUUUUAUUUUUAUUUUUGGACAAGGCAGUCUCAAGGAACACUGUGAAUAUUAUUACUAUUAUUAUUGUUGGUGCUUGCUGCAAAAACAGUAGGUUUACUGAAAGCCAUUUGAAUUUUAAAAAAUCACUCAUGCACAUGUCUUUUGAAAACAGUUUCUGUUUGUGAAAAUAGAUAUUUAUUGUUACUGGAAUAAAAUGAAGAAAAAUAAACACUUCAAAAAAAGUAUUUUAUCUGAAAAUAAAUUACUGUACAUUUCAUAUCAGUUGAAAAGAAACUGUUUUCAAAGCUUUUAGCUGAAUCAUGCCAAAGUCAUUAGCACGUAAAUGUCAGAAGUCUUGUCUGUCAGAGCAAAUAAAAAGUUUACAUAAUAGUGAAUCUACAGUUAUAUCAUAUUGAUAUUUCACAUAACUGUAAAGGUUUUGCAAGUUCACCAAUGAUUGCAGCCAUGUAUAUAAUUCCAUUCUUAAACAAGUGUACAGUAUAUAAGAGGAUUUUCUUUGGCAUGAUACCUGGGUUUACAUUUGUGUAUACUCGUAUGUUAUAUUUUAAUGGUUCAGCUGAAUGAUACUGCUUGUCACUUAACAAUGUUAUAUAUUCAUACUCUGGGUGUUACAUAUGAAAUGUGCCAACUUGAUCAUUUACUGCCAUGUACUGAGACCAUGGUUAUGGAUCUUGCAGGAUUUUUAAAUCAUGUUCAGAUAUUUCACACAUGUAUUAUGGCUUUUCCAAGCAUAACAGCAGGCCUUCAAGGUUGAAUAUACAGUAUUCCAACCAGAAAUAGCCUUUUAAGAGGAUAAAAGUAUUUAUACUUGUAAUGCUGAAAAUGCUAUAGGCAAAACUUUGAUUUUUUUCAGUAUUUUAUAUGGCAUGCAGAUCUAGAAAUAAACUGAUUUUGUUCUCUA